AUUCACUGACUCAUAAAUGUCCCAUAAAAACAGGCGCAGUGUGCAUCUUCUUUACUUUUUGGUUCUGUUUCACGAGAUUAAACCUGUCAAAAUGCCGAUGUGCGGAGGGCUAACCGAGCUGAAGCAGGCUGACGAAAAGGUUCAGUUGAUCUGUGAUCAAAUGAAACCUCACGCAGAGCAGAAAACUGGGAGGAACUUUGGCGUUUUCACUGCGGAGAGCUACAAAACACAACUCGUAGCUGGAACCAACUACUUCAUUAAGGUCCGUGUGGGAGGAGCUGAAUGUCUUCACCUCCGUGUUUAUGAGAAACUCCCGUGUUACGGAGGAGAGCUCGAGCUGACUAGUCUGCAGCACUCCAAGAGUCACAAUGAUGAUAUUGAGUACUUCUAAUGGGAGGAUGAACCAAAGCAUCAGUGCCUACAGCCUGAAGUCUUAUUGAACCUGCUUUUUUUUAAUUUUUAUUAUUAUUAAAUAAAAAACAUGAUUAUGUGCA